AUGAACUCUGUGCCCACAGUGUCAGUUCAACGACAGCUGAAGGAAGACUGGGAUAACCGAGAAUUUGAGUAUUUUGCGGCUGAUAACAUCAAGAAGAUCGGUGAAUCACUGAAUCAAUUUGGUAUGUUUUAGCUUUUUUCUUUGGUUUUUAGAUUCAUUUUGAAUUGAUGAGCUUUAUCAGAUGUUUUUGCAUGCUCUGCUUCGUUUAUUGUGCAAAAAGUUUUGUCAAAAGGACGUGUUGGGGCGGAUUUUGUAGAAGAUAUCAGAAUAUUGUUGUAGCGCAUGAGUUUCGGUUGCUUUUGACUUGAAAAGCUUUGCUAUAUUUUUAUCAAUGUUUGAAAUGAAUUCACAAUGAUACUCUUAGGGUUAAAGAGUGUAAAAUAAAUUUAAUAUCAAUGGUAUUGUUUUAGCUUACACUUGUGGUAACAAAUUGGCUACAUUGAACGACAAAAUCACUCAAUUGGAACAAAGUCUUGACUUUUUGGAAGCUAAGGUAACAUUUUUUGCUUUUGGAAAUUAAAACUUUGCUAUAGAUUUUGGUUUAUAUUGUCUUUUCUUGGAAAAUUAAGUGUUUAAUCUUGAUAUUCUUUCAGUUGAGCCGUGGUGAAACCUUGAACUGAAAUGUCGGCCGGUAAAGUUGUACAAACUGCUAGUCGUGCUGUGACAAAAAGCGUCACUCCAGUCCAUUCUCAUACUGCUAAUGAAGCUCGUUUGGAGGUUUUGAAGUUGUACAAGAACUUGUAAGUUUAUUGGAAGUUAUGGCGAAAUUGUAGUAGCUAUGAGAUGGGUUGUGAAGGUUUUUAUUACUUUAUUAAAAAUUUGUGUGAUUCAGUUUUUUUCCAAGUUGCAUUCUACAUUGUUUUUUGUCAAAAGUAAAAUCAAAUCAAAAAGUUCCAACUUGAAUGAAGCACGAUGUUAAUGUGACCUAGUUUAAGGUCAUAAAUCAAAAUUUCAUAACGAUUCUGAAACAAUACACAGCGCAAAACGCUCAAAAACAAUAAUCGCGGAUUGACCUCGCUUUCAUAGUGAAAAAAAGAAUGAAUUACUCUGUAAAAAGUACGUAUUACUCUGUAGAAAGUGAGAAUACGAAUUAAUGAUUAAUAAAAUAAAAUUCGAAUUACUCAGUAAAAGAAUGAAUUACUGAGUAAUUUCGUGUUGGAGUAAAUUAGCGUUCGCUUGAUUUUAAUUGAAAUUGAGUUGAAUUGCGCUUAUGGAAGGGGAAUACCUGUUCGAAAGGUUGUUCAUGGUGUUUUGGAGGUAUUUAAGUGAGAAGGGGUAGAAGGCUUGUUCUUUGUUCUUGGAAAGCUUUUUUUAGGGUUUUAUGUUUUUGGGACUGUUUUAUAGAACAAACCAGGCACGUCGCUAUGAGAUGAAUGGGGGUGGAUUCACUUUCUGUAGCGACGUAUCUGAUUGAAACCAUGGUGCAUAUGUUAUACUUUGCCUUACAUUACUUUUUACCGUACAACGAAGCAAAAAUUUGGCUGUAAUUUGGUUAAAUCUUCUAAUUUAUGUCUAGUUAUUCGUUAACCAUUGUGGGUUUGUCGUUAUUAUUCGUUGAUCAUUGAGGUUACUUGUUAUUCGAGCUUCUUUCAUUGUUCUUUGUGGUAUAACAUGACUUCUUAUUGUUUGAACAGUCGUAUUAUUUCUAUUUUGGAACGUUGAAUUUGGUUUUCUAUUGAUUCUGGAGGUUUUUUUAUAAAACAAAUUAGCGUUUUUAGUCGAUUCUCUUUAUGAGGACUUGAAAAAAUGACCUUCUUGAUACAAUUUGCAAUACACUUGGUAGUUUUGGUCAAACAUUCAAAAGUUUUUUGUUAUACGGGAUUUUGUUUUAGAUGAGUUAGUUAUACGACCUCUACUGUAGCCGGCAUAUGUUAAUUUACAUUGUGCUCGUUUAUAACUGUACUUUAUUUCGAUUGAAAGCUUUUCAAAAACUUUUUACUGCCUUCAUAGUCUCAAACCACUAAAAAAGUCUCUUCAAAACACUGAAAAAGCGGAAUUGAUUGGUUUAGUUUACCAAAAAUUGCUUAUGGUUUUCCGAAAUUUCUCUUUUUUUUUUGUUUUUUCUUUUUGUGCGGCGCUGCGAAGGGCCGCAGAGUCCACGUAGUCUUUUUCUCUCUCACCACAUUUAUUAUCUGUGAACGUUGAGAGAAAAGACCGUUCCUUCACUCUAGAGCUGGAAAAACAAUAUGUUCCUUGUUUGGAAUUUAAAAACAAAAGUUUUUUCGAAUUGGGUAAGGAGUGUUGUUCAUGUUUAUUGGGUUGAAGGAGCUUGAGUUGAGUUUUUGUUAUUAGAAAGUUGUGUUUUGUUAAAUAAACGGUGAAGGAAGGGUUGAAAAGACAAAAUUGAAAUUUUGGCUUGUUUAGUUAACAAAAUUGAUUUAUUUUUGUUUCUAACAGUGGAAAAGGUAUGUUGUGGUUGGUAUCAAAGCUUUUACGAUUUUCAAGAUAAAUAUGACGUGGUUUUUAAAAAAAUUUUGUUUUGCUUUUGCCAGUUGGGAGGUAUAAGUAGAAGAGGUGAAUCUUGUCAGCUAACGCUUAAUAAGCUCAUAGUUAACACACUCAAUCAAAAAAGCAGUCAUCACUGUUAUCUCUCGUGAUUGUCACAAGUAGUUUCUCGGUUGUCACGGCUCUUACGUGGCACUUUUAAUUUCACAACGAUUCGAAUGUGUAUAUCAUCGUCGUCAUCAGAGAGGGGAGAUUCUAGAGCGCUGCAGUGAAAGAGCGGAGAGUGCGCAAGCCAUCCACAUAAAAAGUGGUGGAAAUAAAAGAGCGGCCGGUCGGGCAUGGAGUAAUCUUUUCCGGCGUCUUUUUUUUUAAGUUUUGCUGGUGGGGAAAGUCGCAUUUUAGAUAUGUUAUGUUGGAGUUGUAGUUUUGUAAGACAAUAUUGGAGUUGGUAGUGUUUUACUAUAGUUGGUAUGGUUGUACUGGAAUUAUAAGCUGGAUUUGGUUUGUCAUUUAGGAAAAAAGAUAAGGUUUUGAUUGGAAAUUUUACAUUUUGAAAGUUCGAGAAAGCCUUUUUCCAUUUUUUUCUAUAACUGGACGCUUAGUAAUAUUCACAAGCCUAAAAUGCCUAAAAACUUAUUUAGGACUUUCAUGCUUGUGAAAGACAUGUACUUGAGCCUCGGAAAAGUGCCGUACGUGACCAGAACUGGGAAUGUCAUGUGCUAAUUUAAAUUCAAACGCGUAAACAAAUAAAGGUGAUUUGGGGAAGCGAUGGAAAUUAAUAUUUUUGCGACCUCAGUAAACAGAAGAGUAUAGAAUAAGCUUAGAAAAGCGAUGGGAAGACAUUCGAAUGGGUAUUUUGAGUAGCUUUGGAUAGUUAUUUGUUUGGAAUGGCUAUAUUGUGGUGUUUAUUUGCAUUGGCUUUUUGGAUAAUUUGAUUAAAAAUGAAUUGUCAAAGUUAUUAAAUGUAAAGAUAUUGAUUGUCAAGUAGAUGAGAAAUGCGCUAAAAAUUUAAUUUUUGUUGAAUUCCUGUAUAUAUAAUCGCUCGGAGGCUUUAAAUUUGUUCGUUGUAAAGGAGUUUUAUUGUGAAGAAGUUAUAAAUUGACUGUGUAGUGUAUGCUAAAGCUUUGAAAGCUAUUCUUCAUAAGAACUUUUUGUCAUAGAGCAGUUUGUUAUACAGGAGUUACACUGCAAUGUGACCGACAAAGCACCAUAUCAAAUGUAUUUUAGCCUUUUUUCUUGCAUAGCCUCUAAAAUUAACUGCAAUGCGAGCCUUUAAAAUUUGGAUGUAAAAGAACGGAGGGAAAUUGAAAGGAAACCUAAACUAUUGGCCAUCUACGGCCACAAACUCAUUUGGAAUGUUUGGGCCGUAUCGACCAAAAGUCGACACAGCUAAUCUAUCCGGUACGUCGGGGAAGUACGAAUGUGUUUUUGAGAUCAAAGAAUGCUCAGCUUUGUUUAGUUAAUGAAAUGAAAACUUUUUGUAAAAUACGGAGACGGUUAAGAUUGUGCAAUUAUGUUUUUAUUUCGAUUACGGUCGUUUCGUAUUUUACAAUCAUUUUUUAUUGAUAAUUACACGCUGCGGAACAUUCUUUGGUUUUAUAAACACCUUCUUAUUUGCUAGAUGUAAACAAUAGAAUAGCUGUGUCGACUUAGAAUAGGAUGGUUUAGGUUACUUUUUAAUUUUCCUCUGUUCUUUUACAUCGAACUUUUAGAGGUUCGCUUUGCAGUUAAUUUUAGAGACUAUGCAAGAAAAAAGACAAAAAUACAUUUAUUACUGCGCUGUGCUAGUCACAUUAGGGUGUAAAUUCAGUAUAACGAACUUGUCUAUAACAAAAAAAUGGUAAAAUACGAGUGAUUUAAUGCUAUAUUGAACAUAUUUCUUAAUAUUGUUCUUUAUUGACUACAUUUUAUUUUCUUUUCGAGAAGCCUAAAGAUUGAAAUUUUAAAAAACUGGCUAAAAAUUAGUUUUUUAAGUUUGACUUGAUAUUCUAAAUUAUUUUAUUUUAGUCAGAGGAUCACUCCGACCUUCUGGUGGGACUAUCAGCUCACCGAUUACCCUCUUCCCGUCUUCCGUGAGAUCAUUAAAAAGCAGUUCCUGAAGAAUGCUCACGUAAAAGACUUGAGAAUUAUCGACCGCAAGGUCGGCGAGGGCUACAAGGUAGGGUGACAUGGCUUGGAAAUGGAGGUUUUUAUCAGUUUUGAACUUUUUUUUCGUUAUUUUUGAAAUUUUUUUGGAGUUUUGAAAAAAAAAUUUAAUUUUAAAAAAUUUGAAAAUUUGAAAAAAAAUUCUAAAAAUCAAUCAAUAUGGUUUUUUAAUGGCUUUUGAAAGAUUUAAAACAUUUUAGGACAUUGAAUCGAUCGAGUGGGCUUGGUACAAUCCGGACCACGUGAGGAACUUCCUGUUCCGCGAAAACCUCGAACCCAAACCCAAGGACUUUUUGUCCAAAUUCCUGCAAAAGGUGGACUAG